AUGAAGUCUAGAAAGCAGGGAUGCUACUGUGCCUUUUUCCUGCUGAUUCUGCCAUCUCUUGCCCUUGGAUUGCUUCAUCCGGACUGUGUUCCCAUCACGGAGUGGAAACAGAAUGAAAGUGACUGCUUGCAAGAGAUCCAGCAGCACAUGAACGAGACAGCAGGUUGCAAGAGAAUAUGGGACCGACUGCUGUGCUGGCCAGAUACAAAUCCUGGACAGACGCUUACCUUUACCUGCCCAGGUAUCAUUUUCCACUUCACAAAGCAAUCAGGCGCGGUGAAACGAAGUUGCACAGCCCAAGGCUGGUCUGAUCCAUUUCCACCUUAUUCGAUAGCUUGUUCAUUGGAAGAUGAGAUCUCUCUUGAUGAAUUCUCUUUCUUUUCAACAAUCCAAACCAUCUACACAGUGGGUUACAGCAUCUCAGCUACUUCUCUUGCCAUGGCAAUCAUGGUCCUCGUUGCAUUCAGGAGACUCCAUUGCCCCAGGAACUACAUCCAUGUCCACCUCUUUCUGACCUUCAUCCUGAAGGCCAUUGCUGUCUUCAUCAAGGAUGCAGUUCUUCUAGAGAGCGAAGGGAGUGAAUACUGCACAUUCUCCACGGCUGAAUGCAAGAUCUCGAUGGUGCUCCUCCACUUUUUCACCAUGGCCAACUUCAUGUGGCUGUUAGCAGAAGCACUAUACCUCAAUUGCCUGCUCCUCUCGUCCUUUCCCCACGGAAGAAGAUACUACUGGUGGCUUGUCCUCUUUGGAUGGGGCGUCCCAACAUUUUUUACCACACUGUGGAUAUUACUGAAAGUGCAUUUUGAAGAUAUUUUGUGCUGGGAUGCAAACCAAGAUUCUCCUUACUGGUGGCUUAUCAAAGGACCCAUUAUUCUCUCCGUUGCGGUCAACUUCAUUCUUUUUAUCAAUAUCAUCCAAAUCUUGCUGAAAAAACUGAAUCCCAGACAAAUCAACUUCAACAACUCAUUUCAGUAUAGACGCCUCUCUAAGUCAACUCUGCUUCUGAUACCCUUGUUUGGAACCCAUUACAUCAUCUUCGACUUCCUGCCCCAAUACACCCACAUGGGAGCCCGCCUAUACUUGGAGCUGUGCUUCGGAUCGUUUCAGGGCUUCAUUGUUGCUGUUUUAUACUGUUUUCUCAAUCAAGAGGUACAAGUGGAAAUCUGCCGGAAGUGGCGAGGCAACAGUUACGGAUUUAUGAUGCCUGUUUGGAAGAAGAAGACAAAAUGGACAAUGCCCUCAAGUUCUGGAAUCAAAGUGACAACCUCCAUGUUUAAGAGUUAA